AUGGCACCUCCCACUCCAAUCCUCGACCAAUUCAUCGGCAGCGUGUCCGAGCUGGUCCAAGAACGUGAUGGUCGAAAACUGCAGGAUUUCCUCCAAAUAGAACCCCCACUGUCAGACAUAUACCAACGCAUGAUUGAGGAACUACGUCAACGAUAUCCACCCGGCCCCCAGAGCGAUACCGAGCUGCAACAACGAUGUGAGAUUUUGGUUCCACGGACCAAGGGAAGCUCUUCAUGGUCUGCAUUCCCAACAUUUAUGCGAUUGUACUUUUCUUUCUUGCGCGAUGUCAAUGUUGAAAACCUACUCGACACCUACAACCUCCUCCGGGCCCUGUUGAAUCAAUGUGUCCUGGCUCUCGGCGAUAGCCAAAAUGGAGUCAUCGUUCUCCCUACCGUUCUCUACCUGUCGAAAGUCUUGGCCAAAUUAGCCAUGGGACUGGACCGCCAACCAGAGCUGAUCGCACACAUUUUACGCAUGGAAGGCGGUGCGAACCGGGAAGAAAAUAUUGAGAAAGUGACAUUGGUCGAACAGUCAGCAAACGUGGUGCGAGAAGCUUUCAUCAAAUGUUUGACCGAUCGCAGUGGCACUCCAGGUCCCAAUGGGAAGCCGGAGGGCAAACGCGUCGGCAUCUACUUGAUGGCAAACCUUUGCUUAAAGCUUCUUUUCAAGUGUGGGAAGCUGCGUAAUGCAGAACAAAUGUUUGCCAGCAUCACCGCUCAAUCUCCUCCCUUGAUCCAUUUCCCAGCGUCGCAGCGCGUCACCUACCUCUAUUACCUGGGUCGAUAUCUUUUCUCAAAUAACCUCUUUCAUCCGGCCCAAAUCGCCUUACAGGCUGCUUACGACCAAUGCCACCGCCAAGCCCUCAGUCAACGAAACUUGAUUCUGACAUAUCUCAUACCCUGCAACAUCAUUAUGGGACGAUUCCCCUCCAAGGCUCUUCUUCAGCGACCAGAGGCGAAAGGAUUAGCAGACCAAUUUGCGCCACUUUGUCGUCUGAUCGUCCGCGGCGACUAUCUGGCAUUCCGACAGCACCUUUCGUUCGACUCACCUACUGGACAAUGGUUUGCACGAAAAGGCAUUCUUCUCGCACUCCGCAAUCGUUGUGAGAUCCUGGUUUGGCGUUCAUUCUGUCGCAAGGUAUUCAUACAUGGUGGGUUUCAUGGGGAUUCGCAAGCGCAGGCGCAGCGUGGUCCUCCACCGUUUCUAUACCUUCAGAAAUUGCUUGUUGCUACAAAAUGGCUUCAAUCACGAUCCAAUCCAUCCAAUGGUGCGACCAAACCCCCACUUUCUUAUGGGUCACAGACUAUCUUCGAACCGAUGGACCCAGAUUAUGUGGGACUUGACAACCAGGGUAUCAUCACUACUAGCGGGGACUCCCAGCUGAUGGAGAAAUAUGGCGACUAUCUGGCUCCAAGCGGUUGCUUUGACGAAGGAGGUUAUUGGAAUGAAAAUGUGCCUGGUCAUCUGAUUGAUGGCACUCCAAAUCCCGACUACGGGGAAUAUGAACUGGAUCCGUAUGCCGAUGAUGAGAUAGAAGAAGUACAGCCGGCUCUGCUCAUGGGGGAGAUCGAGUCCAUCCUUGCUUCAUUACUUACGCAGGGAUUGAUGCAUGGUUACUUGACCCAUCGGAACCCUCGUUUCGCUAUUCCCGGCUCUCGACUGCGGGGUGCCUUGCCGACUGGGUUCCCUAAUGUCUGGGAAAUUAUCUCCUCCCGGGAGAAAGAAGACAAUAGUGUUCCCGGAUGGGUCAAGCCGCCUCAAAUGUCUUCGUUUGGUGCGCCAGCUCUAGCUGCAGCAGGUGGAGCAGGCCGUGUGGUCAAUCUAUCGGGUGCCCGACCUGUUGGAGUGCAAUAA